CAAGGCCACGCCCACGCGCCUGGAUCCUGGAACUAACUCAGCUCUUAUCCAUUGAAUUAAAAAACCUGUUUAAGGCUGGAGGAACUUUUGUUGGAUAUCCGGGUGUGUCUCCAUGUUACAGUAAACCACCUGCUCUGAAUUACUGUGAUCAAACCUGACAGAUCUUCUUCUUUUUUUUUUUAUCGUGGCUGAAGAUCUGACAAGUUUAACGAGUGUUAACGUUCCAGUCGGUGCGGUUAUACCUGUUGUACCUGAUGCUGCUGUGCAUCUCGGCUCAUUCACACUGCAGUUGACCGCUACGCUCUUUUCUACUCGUCCAUCAUGAAAGCUCUGAUCCUCGUCGGAGGCUAUGGCACAAGACUACGGCCUCUCACGCUCAGCGUGCCCAAGCCUCUGGUGGAGUUCUGCAAUAAACCCAUCCUGCUCCAUCAGGUGGAGGCCUUGGUUAAGGCCGGAGUCCGACAUGUCAUCCUGGCCGUCAGCUACAUGUCCGAUCUUCUAGAAAGAGAGAUGAAGGCACAGGAACAGAGACUCGGAAUAAAAAUCUCCCUUUCCCACGAGAAGGAGCCGCUAGGGACAGCCGGUCCCCUCGCUCUGGCCCGUGAACUGCUGACGGACAGCGAGGAGCCGUUUUUCGUGCUCAACAGUGACGUGAUCUGUGACUUCCCCUUCGAGGACAUGCUGAAAUUCCACAAGAACCACGGCAAAGAGGGAACCAUUGUCGUGACUAAAGUGGAGGAGCCGUCGAAGUACGGUGUAGUGGUGUAUGAGGGAGAGACCGGACGCAUCCACCGCUUCGUCGAGAAGCCGCAGGUUUUCGUCUCCAACAAGAUCAAUGCUGGAAUGUACAUCUUCAGCCCGAGCAUGCUGAGGAGGAUACAGUUGCGACCAACCUCAAUUGAGAAGGAGAUUUUCCCCGUCAUGGCUGAGGAAGGACAGCUUUAUGCCAUGGAGCUUCAAGGGUUCUGGAUGGACAUUGGUCAGCCUAAAGACUUCCUGACUGGCAUGUGCAUGUACCUGCAGUCGGUCAGACAGAACGCUCCUGAGAGGCUCCGCACUGGACCCGGUUUCCUCGGCAACGUCUUAGUGGAUCCAACGGCGGUAAUCGGGGAGAACUGCACAAUCGGGCCCAACGUGACCAUCGGCGCCGGCGUGGUGCUGGAGGACGGCGUGAGAAUCAAACGCUGCACCGUGUUGAGGGGAGCUCACAUCCGCUCACACUCCUGGCUGGAGUCAUGCAUCGUGGGCUGGAGCUCUUCUGUAGGACAAUGGGUACGGAUGGAGAACGUGACCGUCCUGGGCGAGGACGUGAUCGUCAGCGACGAGCUCUACAUCAACGGUGCUAACGUUCUGCCUCACAAGUCCAUCACAGACUCUGUGCCCGAGCCUCGCAUCAUCAUGUAGAAAUCACACACAUUCGUGUAACUCUCCGUGCCCAGGAAAGCGCUAGCGGUUUGGUGCUAGUGCUCCGAAACAAAAUGAACAGGAGGGUCUUUAAAUAUGGUGUAAGUAUUGUAAAGGAGGAUAGGAGCUGAUGUUUGUGUAUGUACCUGACAAGAUGAAGGUUCGUCUAGUGAGUUCUUCUCAAUCAGCACUGUGUAUAUGAUACAGGCCUUGUAUGACUAGGCAAAGGAUGGAUCAAAUGUCACAUUGCCUUAAAAAGUGGAGAGCGCAAUUAUGCAACUCCUUCGUUUUAUCUUUAUUUUUCUGAUGAUUUGGGAUAGCAAUAGGCUUGUCUGUGCAGCGUGUAUGUAUGGAACUUAUACACGUAGCACAUAACGAGCUGAGUGAAGCUUCAAACUCGGUGCCGUAGUAUCUACGUAACCCAGGUUAAAGGAAUAUUCUGACGUAUUUCAGCCUAAUCUCUAUCCACAUCAUGUGUAAUUACCACAAGCUACAGGAUUUUCGUACAUUAAGAAAAGAACUGAAGACCUGUUUAUUCGAGAUUCAUUCAGAAUAGAUAUCUUAUACACAAUACGCCAGAAGUAUGUGGACACCUCAGUAUCAGGUUAACAUCCAAUACCGAAACCACAGGCGUUAAUAUUGUGUUGUCUCCCGAUUGCCGGGAAGGGUUUCUACUAGAUUUUGGAGCUAGAAGAGCUGCAAGAACUGAUGUUGGGUGAGGAGACCUGCAGUGCAAUCAGUGUUGAACCAGUUCAUCCCAAAAGUGUUCAGUAGGUUCUUCCACACAACCCUUUUCAAACCAUUUCUACAUCCAGUGUGCUCUUUGUGCACUGGUGCAUUGUCACGCUGGAGCAGGUCUGAAAAUCUUAGUUUCAGUGAAGAGAAAUUGUAAUUCUGCAGCGUAACAAGACAUCCUGUGUCGUUUGUGGUGUGAUGGGCAGGUGUCCACAAACCUUUGAGCGUAUAGUGUGUAAUGUAAAUUCAAACCUACAACUUUUACACUCUUUGAAACAGACAUGAGAGAUCUUUCCAUCAUUGAAGCAAUAAAGUGAUUCAGAUUGCUAAUGCUCACAUCCUUUUGAAGAAGUAGUCCUGACUCGGAUGGGAGGAUUUGCAUAAAAGGUUUCUUGACAGAAUUCAACAACCCUUAGUCAUCCAUUAUAAAAGGAAAUCAAUCAAAUUCAGCUUUAGUUGUGUAGCAUUUUUUAAAGUGCUUUAAAAUGCUGUAGAAAAAAAUAAAAAUAUUUACAUCAAUCAGGCAUAACAUUAUGAGCAGUGAGAGGUGAAGUGAAUAAGACUGAUGAUCUCCUCAUCAUGGCACCUGUUAGUGGGUGGGAUAUAUUAGGCAGCAAGUCAACAUUUUGUCCUCAAAGUUGAUGUUAGAAGCAGGAAAAAUGGACAAGCGUAAGGAUUUGAGCGAGUUUGACCAAGGCCAAAUUGUGAUGGCUAGACCACUGGAUCAGAGCAUCUCCAAAACUGCAGCUCUUGUGGGGUGUUCCCGUUCUGCAGUGGUCAGUAUCUAUCAAAAGUGGUCCAAGGAAGGACAGAGUCAUGGACGGCCAAGGCUCAUUGACGAGCUACUGUUGCUCAAAUUGCUGAGGAAGUUAAUGCUGGUUCUGAUAGAAAGGUGUCAGAAUACACAGUGUCUGACGGGUCAGGGCUGUUUUGGUAGCGAAAGAGGGAACCAACACGAUAUUAGGCAGGUGGUCAUAAUGUUAUGCCUGAUCUGUGUAUCUAGGUAAAAAUACGUAGUAGGUAGAGAUUAGGUCUUAAAGAAAAAAGAGGAGUAUUCAUUUAACUUGAAAUACGAGGAGCAGAUGAAGCCACGGUAGGAUAUAAAAGAAAAACCAUGCCGUGAAGUUAGCUCAGCUCAUCACCGUUCAAUUCUUUUUACGUUAUAAAUCCCGCACGCACUCCGUUUAGGAGAUUGUAAUGAACACGAAACUGAACAAAUGCUGCAAUGUAUCAUGUUCAUUUGAACUGACUGUGAAGUGCUGGAGUGCUACCACUAAAAUGUCAGCCCAGAUAAUAUGAACACUUUUAAUGACCUUUAUAAAAAAAAAUCUGAAUUAAUAUAAACAGUACAAGCAA